AUGUCUUAUGUCAAGAGUAACCAAGAGCGGUAUCAGCAAUAUUCUGCCAUAGCCUCUCAGCUUCUGGCCCACAUCUCUAAACUCCUCAUGGCCCAUCGGAGGGCACGCAUCCCUGUGCAUAAGGGCAUUAGAUAUUUCUUUGAGUUUACCUGGGAAGAGCUCAUCACAGAUCCCAUGAUGCUACCUUCUGACAUCUUGGGUCUGGAGAUCAAUUUGGGGGCCCCUCCUGUGCCUGUGCAGUUGCCUCCUGUGCAGAUACCCAUUCAGAAGAAAUUGCCACCUUCAAGGUCAGCGCGAGCAUCCAGUGGUGCAGCCAAGCCCAUCAGUCUCUCUCCUACCCAGACACAUGCAGUUAUCAAUGGCCAAGAGACUCUGCAUAAGUUUCAAAGGCAGUCAGUUCGCCUACUGACAGAGUUCCUCAUUCUGCAAACAAAGGCCCUGAAGAAACAUGUAUCAGUAGGUGCCAAAUUCAAGGACAAUACAAGACACUUUGUGGAGGCCAGCCAACAGCUCCAUCUCAAUGCCAAGAAAACAGCCUCUGACUACUUCACUGGUAAAAUUGUAAGAAAUAGUGGACAACUGGGAAAAGGCAGACCCAAAACUGUGGAAGACAAAUCCCCAUCCAUAGUACGUGCACUCGUAGCUUCUCCCUCUCACGGUUUGGAGUUGAGUAACCCUUGCCCGGAGGCUUGGGAGAAGAUCCAGGAGAUAUGUCACCAUAUAGAAGCUGAAAGGGCCACGUGGAGCAGAAGGAAUAUCUCCUACCCAGUGAUAUUGCGAAACUACAAGACUAAGAUACCCAUUCAUCUAUUGGUAAGUGUCAAGUGGGAUUUGAGGGCUCAACAAAUUCAAUCCUCGAGUUCCAACCACCUUCAAAUUUAGGGUGUUCAUAUACCGACUCCCACCACCCAUCAGACUUCUGCUCACCACAAUCUUGAUGGUCACCGUUCUCAGAAGUCGAGAAGAGCCAAGAAGACUAUCAAAUUGCAUUACACCUCCUGUGACGGGUCCUCUUUUGUUUACUAUCCCUCUGGAAACAUCGCCAUGUGUCAAAUCCCCACAUGCUGCCGAGAAAAACCCAUCACUUGGCUUUUUGAUGAUGCACCAAACUUCUCCUUCCUGGCCCUGUUCAACGCUAAAGGCCAGGGCUGGGUUCAGUACAACGGAAAGGUCUGCUGUCCAUUUGUCUUGGUGUUGGAUGAGGAAGGUGGGACCACCAGUGACAAGAAGGGCUACGUAGUCCACAAGUGGAGCUGGAUUUCUAAGACAGAGACGUUGCUCUCACUGAAAUACAAGGUGAAUAAGCAAAUGGAGUUGACGGUGCUGGGGCAGGACUCCAUGACUGUCACCUUUACCUCCCUGAAUGAGACAGUAACACUCUCAGUAUCAGCCCACGAUUGUCCUCAUGGAGUUAUGCUCAAAAACCGGUUGACCACCAGAAUCAACUGCCUCGAUGAAAACCUGUCUAAAAAGAACCGAGCCCUAGCUGAGAUCAAGAAGCGAUUUCAGAAGACAAUAAGACAGUUUAUAAAUUCCAUCUUACUGUCAGCAGGUGUCCUCACAAUAGAAUAUCCCAUGAAAGAUAAAACACAAUUUGGUUGGCAUAAGCCAAAAUCUAUGCAUGGCCAGAGCACCAAGCUGAAUCUAUACUUGGGAGAAUUCUGUGUACGACCUCACUCGGCACGACCAGAAUCCUUCAUUAAAGGAUCUUUCAGAGAAGAAACAGUGCCUGUUCCUGUGACCCGUACUCUGAGGAAGACCCUCAAAAUCCACACCAAGCCUGUGGUCACAGCCAGGGCGAAGACCCAAGAGAUGAGGACGCACACUGAAUGGCCAGCAGCCUCACCCUGCGACUGCCCACUAGUGCUGCGGAAGCUCAUCUGCAAGGAGGACAUCGGGACAGGCUGCAAGUGUAUUUUGAAGGCACCCCUGGUGUCUGACAUGGAGCUGGAACGCUUCAUUCUGGCGCCCCGUGACCCCAGCCAGGUGCUGGUGUUCGGGAUCAUCUCGUUGCAGAACCCAGACAGAACCACCUACCUCCAGUGGCUGCUGGACACCCUUUAUCGUCACCUGCAACGGGGUCGUGGCUCACCUUGUAUUCAGUGCCGGCAUGACCCUUACCGCCUACUGCGGUAUGACCUGGACAGUCCCCUGCAGAACAAACCACCCCUGCUGGUGAAGAAGAAUGCUGUGGCUCAGGGCAUGGUUCUGAUGUUUAUUGGAGGUAGGCUUCUUUUUGGAGGUACUGUGUUUAAUGGCAAUGGCUUAAGCAAGCAGAACCUUGUGAAGGAAAUCUUCCAGGCUCAACAUAAGUGCAAUAUGGGCUACUUCCUGCCAUAUGACUUCAAGUUCAGUUCUUCCGCUUCUAUCUGGAGCCUGGUAGAUGCAGAAGCAUACCAGAGAAAAAUGUCUUAUAACAUUCAAGAAAGCUCAUCAUUGUCGUUGGUCCAAGAAGAUGUGACAGAAAAGAAGUCCUCUGUUGAGGAGGAGAAGCAGUACAUUUCCGCACCAGACCGUUCAGCAGAGUAG